CGCACACGGAGCGUCGCGGGCUCAGGUGGCGGGCAGAGGACCCGGAGUCUGGGGGUUAAUUGGAGGGCCGGUUGGUCGGUUGGUGUGUGUAUUCCCACCCAAAAGGCUGCAGGGAGAAAGGGUAGCUGGAUGUCUGGGUGGACCAGAUUCCCUUUCAGGGAUGGGCCGCCUCGUCCAACAACUGACCCGCGUUCUCCUGAAUCUGGAGUGGAGGUAGCACGAGGGAGAACACAUCCUAGCGUGAGACCUCAGAGGUCUCAGUCACCAGGAGAUGAUGUACAACGACCUGUGGAACUUGCACCACGUCCAUCGCUGAUUUUCCAGCAACAUGUACAAUCCUUGCCUCUGGGUCGCUCAGGGGAACUGCUGCGUAAUCUCGGCUCACUGCCACAGUUUGAAGCUUACAGCCGAGGAGACCAUCUCAGUCAGAGACCCUCAGCUCCACUCUUAGGCAGAGGGAUCUUAAGCAGAGAAAUGUCCAGCGCCCUGUUUGGAAGCGUUAGAUAUGAAGUAGAACCAGCAGCUGGCGAUGCCUUUCCAUUGAGAGCAAAACCACUCUGGAGCCCUGAACAAGGCAGUUUUAGAGGCAGAGCCAUGGUUCCUGAGCCAUCUCUGUGCAAAGUUGAGGAGACUGCAUUUCGAAUGAAGAGCCUAGAGAUCAAGCAAGACAUGCCAGGGAGGAGCGGACUCUCUCCUUCCUCAGCUGUACAACUGAGUCAGGAUGUUGCUGGAGCAGUGAGAACAGAAGCCCUUGGGGAGUCGGUUGUGAAGAGGGGAUCAUCUGGAAGGCCCAUCCCUCUGACAACAAACUAUGUCAAAAUCUACUGCCGAAAUGAUGCUGUCUACCAAUACCAUGUCACUUUCAGCCCUGAUAUAGAAUGUCGGAAUAUGCGCUUUGGAAUGUUGAAGGAGCACCAGCAAGUUACUGGACGGGUCACUGCUUUUGAUGGCAGCAUUCUUUACCUGCCUGUGAAACUAUCUGAGGUGAUCAAACUCAAAUCACAAAGAAAGACAGAUGGGAUAGAGGUGGACAUUAAAAUCCAAAUGACCAAGGUUCUGCAGCCAAAUUCUGACCUCUGCAUUCCUUACUACAAUGUGGUAUUAAAAAGAGCAUUGAGAAUUCUUGAAUUAAAGUUAAUAGGAAGAAAUUUCUUCGACCCGACCAAUGCAAGCUUUCUUCCUCAGUACAGACUGCAGAUCUGGCCGGGAUAUGCAGCCAGCAUUCGUAAGACCGAUGCAGGAUUGAUGUUACUGAUCGAUCUGACCCAUAAAGUAAUCCGGAAUGACUCUGUUAUUGAUGUUUUGCAUGUUAUAUACGAGAAAAGCAGUGAGAACUUCCAGGAUGUCUGUCUGAAACAGCUGGUGGGCAGUACCAUCAUGACCAAGUACAACAACCGCACUUACCGCAUCGAUGACAUUGACUGGGACAAGACUCCAACAAGCUCCUUUUGCAUGGCCAACGGCACGAGCAUUACCUUCUGCGAAUAUUACAGCAAAAAUUAUGGAAUUACCAUUCAGGAUCUGAACCAGCCUCUCCUGGUACAUCGGCCGAAGCCAAGACGAGGACCACAGGGACAGUUAAUACAGAAUGAAAUACUGCUAGUGCCUGAGCUGUCAUACAUGACGGAUAUACCCGAACAGAUGAAGAAGGAUUUCCACACAAUGAAGGAUAUGGCUGCACAAGUUAACAAAAGUCCUGAACAGAAUCUUCUGGCUCUGAAAAAGCUCCUGAACAACAUCAAGGAAAAUGCCAGUGCUCAGGAGGAGCUGUCCCUCUGGGGUCUCGUCAUUGACAAUGAUGUUCUUGAAACAGAGGCAAGAGUGCUACCUCCUGAGAAGAUCAUCCUUCGACACAAGUCAUUUUCAUAUGGGCCUGAUGUUAACUGGUCAAGGGAAGUUGCACGAGAGAAAGUAAUCUCUGGGGUUCCAAUGCAUUGCUGGGCUCUCUUUUUCCCAAAGCAAAGUGCCACAUAUGCCAAGGAGCUGGUCAAGUUGAUGUCAAAGGUAGCAGAGCCCAUCGGCAUGAUCCUCGUGCAGCCUGCCUACAUCGAGCUGAAGGAUGACCGGACCCAGACCUACAUCCGAACACUUCAGUCACACCUGGAGAGUGCCAGUUCAAUUCAGAUUGUGGUGUGUAUAGUGACUGGUAACCGUGAUGACCUUUACCACGCCAUUAAGAAAUUGUGUUGUGUACAAUCACCAGUGUCCUCGCAGGUGAUUAAUGUGAGAACGCUCUCUCAGAUGGCACGAAUGCGAAGCAUCUGUCACAAGAUCUUGCUGCAGAUUAAUUCCAAACUAGGUGGAGAGCUCUGGGGUGUGGACAUACCUCUGAAGCAGCUGAUGGUGGUAGGAGUGGAUGUGUACCAUGACCCCAUUAGGGGAAAGCAGUCUGUUGUUGGAUUUGUUGCCAGCUUAAAUAAGUCAAUGACCAAGUGGUUUUCAAGGGUGACGUUCCAGAUGCCUGAGGAGGAAAUCAUCAGUGGCUUAAAGAUCUGUAUGGUGGCAUCCUUGAAGAAAUAUCAUGAGAUAAACCACUGCCUACCAGCGAAGAUUGCCAUGUAUCGGGAUGGAGUAUCGGACAGCAUGUUGAGCGCUGUGAAGGAUUACGAGAUUCCACAGCUCCUGAGAUGCUUUGAGGUGUUCCCCAACUACCACCCAAAGAUGACACUGGUUGUGGUACAGAAGAGGGUUGCCACCAACCUGUACACCAAGGGCAAGUCAGGGAGACUAGAGGUUCCACUUCCUGGUACUGUGCUGGAUCACACUGUCAUCAGUCAGGAAUGGUUUGAAUUCUUCCUGCUGGCACAUGCUGUUCAACGAGGUUGUGCGACUCCUACACGUUAUAUAUGUUUGCUCAACACUAUGAACCUCAGCCCCGACCACGUUCAGAGACUCACUUUCAAGCUGUGCCACCUGUACUGGAACUGGUCAGGUACGAUCCGCGUGCCAGCGCCCUGCAAGUACGCUCACAGGCUGGCCUUCCUGUGCGGCCAGUCCCUGCACCAGGAGCCAGCCGCCUUGCUGUCUGAGCUGCUGUUUUACCUGUGAAGCCAUCAAACAUUACAGAGUGCAAAUGGGACAGCAGUCCACUCAAGGAGCCAAAAUGAUGGGAGUCCUGCUCAGGCUGGGACAGGGGCUUAGGUUCUGCCCUAAAUCUUUUUUUCUCCCCUUGGAUGCAAAAGCAUUUUUGAUUUUAAAGCUAUCUUUGUUUCCUGAGUAACACAUGGCCGGAAGGAAAUGACUGAAUAAACAAGACACAUAAAGACUA